AUGCUUGUAACUCAUAUAAAUAAUGUUGGCGUAUCUUCUGAUGAUCCUUUAUUUUGGCGUCUUCCAACACCUGCUGAUUGUAAGACAGUAAGAAUUAUUGGUAUACUAUUAUAUCUUGCUGCUUAUACUGGUUUAAUGCUUAAUGGUUCACUUUUCGCUAGUUUUGUUCGACAUACAGCAUUGCGUACACCACCAAAUAUUUUUAUUAUGUUUAUUUCGGAUGUUGGAUGUCAAAUAGAGGGUUUAGCAGCAUUUCUUUAUGGAACUACGAGUUCUUAUCUACUCUGCACAGUAAGUCUUAGUCGAUGUUACAUUGUUGUUAGGCCAUUCAAUGCCAAAGAUGUUACAGUUAUGAAAUGUAUUGUCAUCUCGUGCGCUGCCGUAUUGGUUUCACUGAUUUGGACUAUAUUGCCACUUGUUGGAUGGAAUGAAUGUACCAUAGAAGCUAAUAUGAUAUUUUUGUCUUCAACAAAUUCGAUUAUUUAUCUUGAAUUUAAACGUAUGCGUGACAAAAUAGCUCAUGGUGCCAAAGCAGAAUUAAGUCAAAAACGAAUUGACAUGGAAAGACGUAUUCUAAAAAGCAUUGUAAUAACAAUGUUUGACUUUAUUUUCAUCUGGACAUCAUAUGCAGUAGCAUUCUUCAUUUCGGUAUUCAGUGGAAGUAAUUAUACUACACCACCCAUGGGGAAAUUUAUGUCUGCAUGUUUCGCUAAAACAUCUGUUGUAUGA